GAUUUAUUGGUCGGUCAAAGGCAGAUGAACAUGGAUUAUGCGCUGUGUCAAGCUCUGGGGUACAACACCGAUGGGAUUGACCGGGCAUUGACGUUAUAUGACAUCAAUUGUCAAUACCACAAGCAUCUCGACCAGCGGGUUGAGGAGUCACCUUAUCUUGACCUUCCGUGGGGCAUGGAGGUAAUCCCUGGCAUCGGUCUCUGGCAUGUCCACGGCCAUCAAGACAAAUGCUACGUACGGUAUGCAUCCAACUUCAUCACCGGCGCUGCCAGGAUUGACGGUGAAAUCAUGGAGACCCUGUGGGCACCCUUGAACAUCAUAUCACCAUCGGCGAGAGGAAUGUCCACCCCCCACCAAAAGGAGUGUUUGGAUUUUCAAAUGAACGACUGUAAUUUUAUGAAGAUAAUAUGGAUGAGGAGUCCGAGACAGCCAACACGCAUUGACCGAUUGAGUGAGACCGUUGAUCAUGAUACCCUUGUCAAAUGGGAAGCAGAGGCUGCUGCCACUCAGGAUGACCAACUCAAAAAUCCCAGUGCCAUGGAUAUAUAUGAAGUUAAAAUGACAAAAGCACCAACAAGGAAACAACAAGAGUUGCAUCUGUUGACCCGACAGGCGAGAUGGCUGGCCGGUGAGAUCCAUCGUGGUGCUGUGACAUGGCUGGCAUCUGGAAUAACACUGGAGGAGGGGCAAGUUGUGCUCCUGAUUGAUGUGAAGAAACUUGGAAGGCGGCCGACCGAUGCUCAGAAGCUGGCGAUAGCUUGGCGCCACAACAGAAUGCAAGGUCAAAUAGAUGAAUUCGUCAGGGUGGCAGUGACAUUUCUCGGCGAUCAACUGGAUGAAUAUGAUCAGUUGGACCUCAUGACCAUGAUGUUGGAUGCUGCAGAACUGGAUUCUGCUGGGUCAUCAUCUGACGAUCCUGAUCGGCUGGACGACGAAGACCGAUAUGAUAUGCCAGUCAAGUUCACUCCCAAGACCCUGGUGAUUCCACUCCCCUCGAACAUAGGGAUUGAAAGAUGCGCUGAGUGGGGCAUUGCCGACCUGGUGCUCCAAGAAAUAUUAUUGAGAGAAGGUCAAGCCAAUGACGCAUUGCAUGCCAUCAGGGUUAACUUGGCUGACAAGGCUGUUCUCUUCCGCACCACGGUCUGGUUGGCGAAGUCACAAGCUCGGUCAACUCAUGCAUGGGCCCGGGUGCACUCGGUGGACAAGAUCCUUCACUUAAAUGUACAGAUAUACUCCAAAUGUUGCAGCCAACUCAUUCACCUCGGCGCCAAUGACUUACUGGCCAAGUUUCGGCCAUUGGAGAAGGCCGACCUAAAGGCUACUAUGGUGGUGGCAGACCCAAAUGCUCACGGUCAAAGGAAUCGCACGUUGGCGUGGUUCUGGUCCAUUGAUGUUCAAGGAGAUUCCACCAGCAAUGACUGGAUGAAUGAAUGUAUGUAUGCUCAUUGCCUAUGUACCUGUACCUAUCCGAUGUCAAUAUUUUUUGCACUACAGUUUACCAUGUCUUGGCUUAGAACGCUGGCACUGUGUGAUAGAUGGGCAGAGGAGCUCCUGCUGGUUGGUCGGGAAAUGAUAUGGACGUUUAAUUUUUUUCUUCACAAAUCACAAUGA